AUCUAGUUUUCCUUUAUAAAUCUCUUAAGAUACUUAUGAAGUUUCUUGUUCUGAAAUUGCUGUACUGCAAUGAAGAAAAGGAGAAAGGUUACUUCAAAUCUUGAGAAGAUCCAUCUAGGCUAUCAUAAAGAUUCUUCAGAAGGAAAUGUUGCAGUGGAGUGUGACCAAGUGACCUAUACUCAUUCUGCAGAAAGACCAACUUCUGAAGCUCUUCACUGUUAUCAGGAACUUCCUCCCUCUCCUGAUCAGAGAAAGCUUUUGAGUUCUUUGCAGUAUAAUAAGAAUUUGCUAAAAUAUUUAAAUGAUGAUAGGCAGAAGCAACCAUCUUUUUGUGAUUUACUUAUCAUAGUGGAAGGAAAAGAAUUUAGUGCACAUAAAGUAGUCGUUGCUGUUGGCAGCAGUUAUUUUCAUGCGUGUUUGAGCAAAAAUCCAAGCACUGAUGUUGUCACCCUGGAUCAUGUAACACAUUCAGUUUUUCAGCAUUUGCUUGAAUUUCUUUACACAUCAGAAUUUUUUGUGUACAAAUAUGAAAUACCUCUUGUUUUAGAGGCUGCAAAAUUUUUGGACAUUAUAGAUGCAGUGAAGUUGUUAAAUAACGAAAAUGUUGCCCCUUUUCAGUCAGAGCUAACUGAAAAGUCAUCACCAGAAGAAACACUAAAUGAAUUAACGGGAAGACUAUCAAAUAAUCAUCAGUGCAAAUUCUGUAGUAGACAUUUUUGUUAUAAAAAGUCUUUAGAGAAUCAUUUGGCUAAAAACCAUCGGUCCCUUUUAUUAGGGAAAAAACAUGGGUUAAAAAUGUUGGAGAGAAGUUUCUCUGCAAGAAGAUCAAAAAGGAAUCGGAAGUGCCCUGUUAAGUUUGAUGACACCAGUGAUGAUGAACAGGAAAGUGGUGAUGGGUCAGACAAUUUGAAUCAAGAAAAUUUUGAUAAGGAAAAGUCAGAUAGAAAUGAUUCUGAGGAUCCUGGAAGUGAAUAUAAUGCUGAAGAAGAUGAGCUAGAGGAGGAGAUGUCAGAUGAAUACUCUGACAUUGAACAAAGUGAAAAAGAUCAUAAUGAUGCAGAAGAAGAACCUGAGGCUGGUGAUUCUGUAGGAAAUAUUCAUGAGGGGUUAACUCCAGUGGUCAUUCAGAACAGCAACAAAAAAAUAUUGCAGUGUCCUAAAUGUGAUAAAACAUUUGACCGAAUAGGAAAAUAUGAGAGCCACACCCGUGUUCACACAGGUGAGAAGCCCUUUGAGUGUGAUAUCUGUCACCAACGCUAUUCAACAAAGUCUAACCUAACUGUUCACAGAAAGAAGCACAGUAAUGAAACAGAAUUUCAUAAGAAGGAGCACAAGUGCCCUUAUUGUAAUAAACUUCAUGCAAGCAAGAAGACUUUAGCCAAGCAUGUUAAGAGAUUUCAUCCUGAAAAUGCACAAGAAUUUAUUUCCAUUAAGAAGACUAAGAGUGAAAGUUGGAAAUGCGAUAUUUGUAAGAAGUCUUUUACUCGAAGACCACACUUGGAGGAACAUAUGAUUCUACAUUCUCAAGAUAAACCUUUUAAGUGUACCUAUUGUGAAGAACAUUUUAAAUCACGGUUUGCUCGGUUAAAGCACCAAGAAAAGUUCCAUCUGGGUCCUUUUCCAUGUGAUAUAUGUGGUCGCCAGUUUAAUGACACUGGAAAUUUGAAACGUCAUAUAGAAUGUACUCAUGGCGGAAAGAGAAAAUGGACUUGCUUUAUCUGUGGAAAAUCAGUACGAGAAAGAACUACUUUGAAAGAACAUUUGAGAAUCCACAGUGGAGAAAAGCCUCACCUUUGUAGUAUUUGUGGGCAAAGUUUUCGUCAUGGAAGUUCAUAUAGACUUCACUUACGAGUACAUCAUGAUGAUAAAAGAUACGAGUGCGAUGAAUGUGGAAAAACAUUUAUCCGUCAUGAUCACCUUACAAAGCACAAAAAAAUACAUUCAGGUGAAAAAGCUCAUCAGUGUGAAGAAUGUGGAAAAUGUUUUGGUCGUAGGGAUCAUCUCACUGUUCAUUACAAAAGUGUACACCUUGGAGAGAAAGUAUGGCAAAAAUAUAAAGCAACAUUUCAUCAAUGUGAUGUUUGUAAGAAAAUUUUUAAAGGCAAAUCAAGUCUGGAAAUGCAUUUUCGAACACAUUCAGGUGAAAAACCAUACAAGUGUCAAAUUUGCAAUCAGUCUUUUAGAAUUAAGAAAACAUUAACAAAGCACCUGGUUAUUCAUUCUGAUGCCCGACCUUUCAACUGUCAGCAUUGUAAUGCAACAUUUAAGCGGAAAGACAAGCUGAAAUACCAUAUUGACCAUGUUCAUGAAAUAAAAUCUCCUGAUGAUUCUCUCAGUACUUCUGAGGAAAAACUUGUAUCCUUGCCAGUAGAGUACUCAUCCGAUGAUAAAAUCUUUCAAACAGAAACAAAACAAUACAUGGACCAGCCCAAAGUUUAUCAAUCGGAAGCCAAGACAAUGUUACAGAAUGUAUCUGCUGAAGUAUGUGUUCCAGUAACGCUGGUUCCAGUUCAGAUGCCUGACACUCCGAGUGACCUAGUGCGUCAUACUACCACACUCCCACCAUCUUCUCACGAGAUUCUGUCACCACAGCCGCAAUCAACUGAUUAUCCACGAGCAGCGGAUUUAGCUUUUCUGGAAAAAUAUACUCUUACUCCUCAACCUGCAAAUAUAGUUCACCCAGUUCGACCUGAGCAAAUGCUGGAUCCUAGAGAACAGUCUUAUCUUGGAACAUUACUGGGCCUUGAUAGCGCUACUGGUGUUCAAAAUAUUUCUACUAAUGAGCAUCAUUCAUGAGUAAAUCUAAACAUUCCACAGAGUUUUGGAUGGUUAUAUGCUAAUGGUAGAGCUGAUAGCUUUUAAAUUUGUGGGGCUGCUAUUUUCUCAUUUUCUCUAGUUUCUCAAGUCCUCAGAAUAGUGUCAAAUCAAGAAAACUAUGUGUCUCUGUUUACUGAACAUGAAUAUUUGGACAACAUUUCUGGCCUAAUAUUGGAAGU